AAAAUUAGAUAUGCAGCAGAGUAUGCGUUUACAUUAGAAAACAUGGUUUUCAGCCAGCUUUGAAGGUUUAUUUACGCUCUUCCUUUUUGUAGCUGAAACCAAAAGCCAACGAAUAGAUCAAGAGUAUCAACAGUUUGAAUCUACUGAGGCGCGAUCAUCAAUGACUACCCUUCCCCAAUCUAUAACUCAUAAGAAAGACAAUGUUGUUGAAAUUGAGUCCCUUAACCUCGAAGAGGUUGAAGCAGGAAAGCUCUCUGCAACCCCUAACCUAGCAUAUGAUUACAAAACUGAUCCGAAUCAUCCUUGGAAUUGGCCUAGAAGGAAAAAGAGUUUAAUUUUAUUACUAGUUGGCACGAAUGCAUUCAUGGGAUAUUUUUCUUCUGCUGUUUACAUUCCUGCAUCACAUGAUAUCAUGCUAUACUUCAACACCAAUCUGACGGUUAUUAAUGCAACAAUUGCUCUAUUCUUAUUGAUGAUUGCUAUAGCUCCACUUUUUUGGGCACCGUUCAGCGAACGAAUUGGUCGACGAUGGAUCUAUAUUACGUCCAUGUUAUUUUUUGCUAUAUGUUCUGCUAUUGUUGGUAUUUCUCGGAAUUUAGGUUUGUUCUUUGCAUUUCGUUUGAUCCAAGGCAUUUUCGUUUGUGCAGGCCAGGCACUAGGAGGAGGAACAGUAUCGGAUAUCUUUGAGCCUCACGAACGUGGUAAAGCAAUGAGUAUUUAUAUACUAAGUACUAUUUUGGGACCUUCUGUUGCUCCCAUGAUCGGAGGCUACGUUGACCAGUAUUUAGGAUGGCGUUGGAUCUUUUACCUGAAAGCAAUUAUAGGUGGUGUUAUUGUCAUUUUGAAUGUUUGUUUUCUCAAAGAAACCUUAUACGCUAUCCCUAAUUCAUCCUGCGAAAAGGCUGCCCCCACUAAUCGUUUGCAAAGUCUUCAAUUCAAUCCAUUUACCAGCCUUCAGUUACUUUUAAAAAAAGAGGUUGCUCUUGUGUGUUUACCUACCAGCGUUGCUUUUGGUUGGUUCUAUUUUCAGGUUACAAUUCUUCCAACGACGUACAGCAGUAUCUACCAUUUCUCUACCGGCACAAUUGGACUUUGUUAUUUAGCGGGCGGUAUUGGCAAUACAACAGGCUCUAUUUUAUCUGGCUUGUUAUCUGAUAAACUGUAUACACGAGCCUGCAAAAGAAACGGUGGAGUUGCUGUAAAAGAAUUCCGACUACGGCCAAUAUAUUUUGGAAUUCCCGCUUUGGUGGCUGGCAGUAUCUUAUACGGUUGGUUCCUACACAUUUCUGUGCACUGGAUAGGUCCACUGUUCGGAUACCUAAUGGUUACUUUCGGAAUCAUGUACACAGUUACUGUUGUAAAUACCUACCUUGCCGACUCUUUUGCUACCAAAGCUGCUUCAAUUGUUUCUGUCAAUAACUUUACAAGAAAUGUUUGCGGUAUGAUAUUCUCGUUAACCGCUGUUCAAAUUCGUGACUCUUUAGGAGAUGGAUGGGCGUACACAGUAAUGGGCCUAAUGUCUCUAGUUAUUUAUAUGAUUUCUAUACCAAUAGUAGAGAGGUUUGGGGCACGUUGGAGAAACUCUAUUGCAUGAAAACUUAUCUAAGAUCUUCUCGAGCUUGCAUUUACUGUAUAGCUUAUAUUUAUACUCAUUUAAUACCCUUAUUUUACAAACAAUCCAAUAAAAAUGCUCA